AUGGUGAAGUUCUCUAAGCAGUUUGAGGCUCAAAUUGUUCCUGAAUGGAAAGAGGCCUUUGUUGAUUAUUGGCAACUCAAGAAGGACCUCAAGAAAAUUCAUCUCCUUAGUAACGAUAACUCUCCCACCACGCAACAAGAAAGCUCUUUUUCCAACACCCUCUUCUCCUCUCUGAGGAAGUUCUCUUUAUUUUGCACUCAACAAAGAGAGCAUGGGGUCAUUCAAGUUCAUAAGAAAAUUGCAUCCUCAGGGAGCAAGGGUACUUUGUACGAGACUGAAUUGCUGGAACAAUUUGCUGAUACUGAUGCAGCCAAUGAAUUUUUCACAUGCUUGGACCUCCAACUUAACAAAGUGAAUCAAUUCUACAGAACAAAAGAGAAUGAGUUCCUUGAGAGAGGGGACUUAUUGAAGAAACAAAUGGAGAUCCUCGUUGAGCUUAAAACCGCUCUAAGACAGCAGCACGGGAAAGGAGCUUCUUCCCAGGAGGAUGACUCCAUUUCAGGCACAAUCUCAUGUGGUAUGCACAACUUCCUUAACUGUUACAAAAACAAAUUAUCUUGGAGUUUUCUCUUAUCCAUCCUCCGAUUCAGUUGUCAUCACCGAGCACAUAAGGAAUAG